GCCGCCCCAGCGGGGAUGUUUUGACUCGUUGGUGUGUGCGUGUGUGGCGCCAGCUUUGAAGGUUUUAUUGUAUUUUUAUUGUUUUUUAUUCACCAAAACUGAGAGCGGCGUGACGACUCGAGGGCGGAGGCCGGAGGAAACACUGCAGCACACCAGGAGGGAGGCAGGACACAAGCAAGACAAUGAGACGAGACCUUCACUCUGCAUUCACUACAGGCUCCUGGCACACCUAUGGUCUGGAGGAGUACUCCGGCCCGCCCACCAUCACUGCCGGCAUCAUCACACAGGCCAUGAGGGUGUUUUACAAGCAGUACAAAGUGGAGCUGGAGAUGACGCCGGGGCCACAACUGCUUUUCUGGACCCUCACCCUUAAGAACCUGCAAGAGCCCCCUGUCACGCGCUCAGCCUCUAAACAGAAACAACCCAUAAAGCCCAUAACACAUGUUUAUAAAUUUGCAGUCAGCAAUGAUGAGAGAUUAUUGUUUAGCAACAGAAUGCUCACCCAGAAGAUGGUAAAGCAGCUAUCAAGAUCAUUCUCAUGUGACAACUUCAAGCUUUUAAAAUUAAAAGGCAGUGAUCCAGCCAACCUUUUAAUUAUGUACCAGCAAUCAAAUAACAGGUCACCUGGUUUCUUAAAAUUACAGCAUGAAGAGUACCUGGCCAGCUUGGUGGAUCAAGUGCAUCACUGUGGCAUGUCAGUCAGCCGGAACUUGGCUGAGGAUGCAGCAGCAGCAGCAGAAAGUAAAGCAUUCCAGACAUUUGGCAGCUGCAGUGAGACCAUCCCCUGCAUGCGACAAGUGGCCCUCUCUGUACACAAUGUGCCUAUGGAUAAGGACUCAGGUCUGCCCUCCUUCCGAUGGUCUCACGUAGAUGCUGAGAUAAAUGCUCCUUCAGUCUUCCACCUGUAUAGGGAACUUGCUGAACUGAAGAUGAUAAAUGAUGUUCCUCUUUGGCUUGAAAAGAUAAGAGUGAGUGGCAAGACAAGUACAGAGGCUAAAUAUGUAUGAAAGGCUGAUACAUUUUAAAGAAAAUUACAAAAUAACAUAGUUUAAUCCCUAGAUAGAUAGAAUUAUUCUUGCUUGUGUAUGAUCUGAGAUGGAAUAUUCUCUUAUAACGAAGUGUUAUUAAUGGAUUCAAUAACUUAGUUUCUUAGUCCAGUGUAGCCUUUGUUAGCUGCAAGACUAUAAACACUAGAUACUGCUCAUUCAAACUUAACCUCACACAAUGACUGCCAUGUCAAAAAUUAUUUUACUGUAAUGAAAUACCAUUACUCUUUUCCUUCGUCAAGUGGUUAACCGUUGUUUUAUUUCUUUUUAGAUACAGAUACUGUUGUUUGUGAAAUAUAAUUCUUGAUAUUGAUACAUUUAAUGUAUUACUAUGUUUUUACUUGUUGUGAAUUAGGCAAAAGGCUGAGCUUUAAUCCCCACCAGUCAAUUCACUUUUGUUAAAAGACAUUUUCAUUUCAAUCUGGAAACAUAUGUAGCAGUCAUGAGCUGUGCAGUGUGUAUAGUACAAAGAGCAAGAUUUUAUUGUUUUUAUUUUGUUUCUUGUUAUUUAUGUUUGUACAUAGGUAGGUAUUUUGUAAUCAAAGGACUAUUUUUUAUGUGAAAGCAUUGUUACAAGGUGCACCUCACAACCUGAGAUGUUUGCUAGCUUAUUAAACUCGUGAAUAAUCCCACUCCUCCCUUACUAAGGUAAUCAAAUUUGUUAUCUUCUGCUGAUUUAGAGUAAUCACAUGUUUUGUCUUAUCCAAAUUACUUCUGGCUCAGUUUUGUUUUGAUUUUGAUUUCAUUUUAAAACUAUUAUGUUUUUAUUAACUUCACAUACUUCAAGAAUGUAUAUUUUCAUUUUAUUGUUAUUUCACUCUUGUGUUAUAACAUCCCUCUAUUCAUCAAGCUCAACAGCAUAUCUUACAUACAGUGGUUUUCCUUGUUGUCUGCUACUGUUUUUUUUUUUUUUUUUUUUUUUUUUUUUUUUUCCCCACCUGCUCGUAGGAGCUCCCACCAGGGGAUGGUCCCGGCAGAAGAGUUUCCAUCUCUCUCUAUCCAGACACUCCCUCCUUGCCUGCUCAAAGUUUCUCAAGGAUCUUUCACCCCUCUCCCUGACAUACUCCUGCACCCUAUCUCUCCCUUUCACUGUAGGUCGUCCUCUAACAUUCCCUAACUCUAUCUCACUCACAUGCACCCUCCUGGUCAUCUUGCUUUCCUCCAUUUGCUCCGUGUGGCCAAACCACUUUAAAGUCUGUCGCUUCACUUCUUCCACCACUCCACACUUCCCUUCACCCACGUGACACAUUCCAAAACACUCAUACACACUUUCAUUACUCAUUCCAUCCAUUCUACUCACACCACAUGCACUCCUCAAAUAACUCAUUUCGUCUGCCUGCACUGUAGUUUUCAUCCUUCAUAUCUUACUCAUCCAAGAUGUCUGCACUGUUCUAAGUCUAGUAUCUCCCAUUCAAUCUUAAAUACAUUCUGCAUGUACACAUCUUUCUCAUGCCAGCCCCUCCAGGUGUGGAACAUGCCCAUCUUGUUUCAGCUGUCAUAAUUAUUGUUGUUCUUAUGUAUAAUGUGAAUUGUGCAGAAAUGCUUCUUCAUCAAACUAAACUCUGUUAGUAUUUAUCAGGGCAUCUACUAUAGUUUAUGUUUUUAUCGAGGAGAAAAUGCACUCAAUGCACAGGCGCCCCUUAUCUAUGGAAAGUUUCCUGCUAGCUGAUUGGUUGAAUAUACAAUGUCUGAAUACAUAAUUUUAUUUGAAAUAUUUACCUGGUAAUGUGAACCAACACUUAUCUAUUAACUGAAAACUCUCCAUUCAAUAUAUGUUAUGCCAAUUAAAAAUGAUAACUAGUAAAGAGAUUAUGAAGUAAUGUGCUGGUAAGCAGUAAGUCUCGAUUUGUUGACAGUCACCCAAGUGAGCAGCACAAGCAUGUUUUUGGAUUCACACUACUUCAUAUGUAUUUUUACAUAUAUUGAGACAAGUUCCACUAAUAACAAACAUGUUUUUUUUCCAGAAUCUGGUCAAAUGACUCAGAUGAGAGCAUGAGUGUAUGCCUCUUAACUGUAGGCUAUUUAACCUGGUAGCAGCGGGGAUCAUGUUUCUUAAUGGUCCCCCCAAGCGAGAAAAAUCACCCCUCACACAAACCAUUUCAUAAUAUAUACCCAAGCAUUUGUGAUCAGAUUAUGUAUCAUCUAUUUUGGGGGGUUUAUAUCAUGGCACAAAUUUGGCCCGUCGCUGCUACACGGUGAAGCCACAAAUUUGGCCCAUCACUGCUACCGGGUUAAUAAACCCAUUCUGUAAUCACAAUACAUCUAAUAGAACUAUAUAUUAUUUUUCCCCAUCUCUAAUUCUGAAACUAAUGAAUAUAAUGAGUCAUGUUAAAAAAUACACACAAAGAAUCAUGCAUCAGAACACAUGCUUGUGUUGCUCACUUGGGGGACUGUCAACAAAUCGAGACUUACCACUUACCAGCGCAGUACUUCGUAAUCUUUUAUGAAGAUGGAAUAGACUUGAGUUAGUAGAUAAGUGAUGGUUCACAAUACUUGGCAAUUAUUUCAAAUAAUAUGACAUACUGACAUCAUAUAUUCAACCAAUCAGUUAGCAGGAAACUUUCCAUGGAAAAAGGCACCUCUGUAAGCAAGUGCCUUUUUGCCUAGAUAAAAAUAUAGACUAGGAUUUUUUCCAUGGGGGUCCUAAACACCUCUGGGAACUUUGCAUGGGAUUCCAGGCUGAAAUUUAGGGGUCCCAUGUAUAAUUUUGAGGGUCUAAUCCAUUGACUUCACAUACUCUGAGCUGUUUUGAGUCCUGGACCCCUGUGGCUGCUUUACAACAAGGUGCAGCAGUUUCUGAAAUAAUAUCUGAAAAUUGGCUGGUCCAAUAAUACGGAGGAUACAGGAUACCUGGAAGACUGUUUUUUGUCCCUUUCCCAAAUGCUAACUUCUGCGAGUUUGUGUCUCGUAGUUCCAAUCAGCAAAGUACCCCUGGUGCUAGUGCCAAACCAAUAGAAUCCUUUAUUGGUGAUCAAAUAAACUGAUAUGGAAUAAGGUUCAUUGCCAAUCACUGUAUUAGAUUGUCAAAACAGGAGGUAUCAUUAGCAUUGGCUUGCACAUAAAGUGUGCACUCAGUGUAUCAUUGAUGAUACACCAGGAAUCAGUAAUGCGGCAGCAUGCAGUUAAGAGAUGGAUUUAUAUAUGGGCAGAUAAGUGGCUUAAUGAAAAGGGGCAAAGGUGGGCCUAGGAGGGUCCUGGACUGAAAAGAUUACUUUUAAAAAAUGUGUCAUCAAAAUGCCAAUACAGAAAUCACUGUUUCCCAAACCAUUUUUAUGCGUAUUUCACAUGAGGCCUUAGGUUAUUGUGGGCCCUGGUUAUUUAAUGUAUCCUAUUUCAUAUUAUUUCCCUUGGCACCUUCUUCAAGCUUGUCAAGCAUUGGUAAGUGUAGUAGUAGACAUCUAAUUAUAUCCGUGUACACUGUAUCUUUUUUAUUUGGCAAGAAAUGUAUACUAAAAUUUUAUUGAACUGUCUAAUAUGCUUUAGCAAAUGCCUUGAGGUUUUGACAAAUAAAGCAAUGAUACAACUGAUCCAGCUCAUGUUUGAUGCAAACACUCAUGGCAUUGACAUACUUAGGAUGACUAAAUAAAACAGUAUAUACAU